AUGUCAGGAAAAGGUCCGGCACAAAAGUCUCAGGCGGCGAAGAAGACCGCCGGGAAGUCUUUGGGACCACGCUACCGUCGCCGAAAGAGAACGGAGUCUUUUGCUCUCUACAUUUACAAGGUCCUCAAGCAGGUGCAUCCAGAGACUGGUGUGUCGAAGAAGAGUAUGAGCAUCAUGAACUCGUUCAUCAACGACAUUUUUGAUCGCUUGGCUGAUGAGGCAGUUCGUUUGAUCCGUUACAACAAGAAGAGAACUUUGUCUUCUCGGGAAAUCCAAACAGCUGUUCGCUUGCUGUUGCCCGGUGAGCUCAGCAAGCACGCCGUCUCGGAAGGCACGAAAGCAGUGACCAAGUAUACGACAUCUGGUGCAUAA